UUGUGGAUAAGUUCAGUUACGGUUGUUACACGAAGCAAAGCAAAGCCAUUGUGAAAACGAGACAUUCGAAACGCCAUAUACAGUCCAGCAGAAAGAGAGCGUGCGUCUCUCAUGGCGUCCACAAUCGUCUCUCUUCCCUUCGCUGCUCUUCCUUCGUCGUCAAAUGCUUUUCUUACCCGAGCCAAGGGUUCCCUUCUUGUCUCCUUAUCGCGGGAAAGGUCCUUGACAUCAUCGCAGUGGGGAACAAAAAUAUGUGUAAAUAAAGCGAGAAUAGGUAGGGGAAUGAUCAAGAGGAGUGCCUCUAGUGGAGUCGCCUGCUCAAGUUCGUCUCCUUCGGUUCUUCCAUCGGCUCUUCUCUUCGACUGCGACGGAGUGCUCGUCGAUACCGAGAAAGAUGGGCACAGGAUUUCCUUUAAUGACACUUUCGAGGAGAAAGGACUUGGUGUCACGUGGGAUGUGGAUUUGUAUGGUGAAUUACUCAAAAUUGGAGGUGGAAAAGAAAGAAUGACAGCCUACUUUAACAAAACUGGAUGGCCAGAAAAUACUCCAAAGAGCGAAGAAGAAAGGAAAGAAUUCAUAGCUUCUCUUCACAAGCGGAAAACAGAGCUCUUCAUGGCCCUUAUUGAGAAAAGAUUACUCCCUCUUCGGCCUGGCGUGGCAAAGCUGAUUGAUCAGGCUUUGGAAAAAGGUGUCAAAGUCGCUGUUUGCAGCACUUCUAAUGAGAAGGCGGUUUCUGCUAUAGUUUCGUGCUUGCUGGGACCAGAGCGAGCAGAAAAAAUCAAGAUAUUUGCUGGAGAUGUUGUUCCACACAAGAAGCCUGAUCCUGCCAUUUAUUUAUUAGCAGCCGAAACUCUUGCUGUUGACCCAUCAAGUUGCGUUGUGGUGGAGGACAGUGCUAUAGGUCUGGCGGCUGCCAAAGCUGCUGGAAUGAAGUGUAUAGUAACAAAAAGUGGUUAUACAGCCGAUGAGGAUUUCUUAAACGCAGAUGCAAUCUUUGACUUCAUUGGAGAUCCUCCAGAAGAACGUUUCGACUUGGCAUUCUGUGGAAGCCUUCUUGAAAAGCAGUAUGUUAGUUAGACUCAAUUGAUUCAUUGUAUCGGCUCCCUCAAAUUCUUUACCACACAAUAUUUACAUCCUCUGAUAAACCACUUUCUGGUGGAAGCUCAUUUACCAUUCAGUGAAGAGUGAUUUUCACCUUGAAAUAAACCAAUCGCUACAUGGUAUCAUAUAUGUGACUUCCCCGUAUAUUAAUACAAUAUUUUGCAGUGUAAAUUGAAACGACAGGGUUUCUAACUUCCACAUA